UUCAUAAUCAACGGGCUAUUGUAUCCGUAUGCGUGCCUCUCCCAUGCGAUCCCGCCGGAGAAGCGACCUCCGUGGGACGACAUGAACUGGACAAGCCGCCUAUUAUCGUUUUCACGCGAUGAGCGAGUAAUCUUAGUGAGCAUCGGGCUGGCCACGUUUGGCUUGGUUAGCUCGAUGAUCACAGCUCUCACAUUUAUCCGAGACGACAAUGAAAUUCCGCCGUCGGAGCCCAAGACCCAGUACAUCACGCAGGAUACGGAAGACUCGCUCCAGCUAGAUACGCUAGAAAAGCUCUUGGAUCACCCAAAUUUCUCAAUAAAGGAAAUUGCCAUCAAGAUACUUUGCGAUAGGGCGGCCAACGACCCUGAAGUAAUAAAAUACAUCUGGUUCGGAAUCACUCGGCCAGAAUAUGAAGAGCGCAUGAACUCUCUUAGAACGCUAGCCAUAUUAACGAGCCAAACCGGUAACGAGGGAUUGGCAAGGCUGCAUGAUGAAAGAGCCUAUUCAGCCUUGGUGAGGUGCAUGGAGCUGUGCAUGGAAAGCACCGACCUCCCAAUUGUCACUGAUGUCCAUUGGGAUGAAUACUAUCUUCGUGAUAUGGGCGAGAGAUUCUGUCUCAUGUUUCUAACAGAGCUGAUCAACAAAUACGGGGCUACCAUGCUUGUCAAGGCCAAAUUUGUUGAAAAGUGGCUUUCAAAGCAAGAUUGGGGAAGCACUGGCGAGGAAAGGCGGCGCAAUUUUAAGGAUUAUACAGACCUUCGAAACAACAGAAUAACGGAUAUUAUUAAUCGCAUCAAGCACUCUCGGCGUGGACUACGUGCCUUGGAAAAAGCCGGGUUGAUUGACAAAGAAAGCUCUCGGCGGAGAAUGAGAGAACUUCCUGAUCUUCUCAUGGAAGUGGAAGAAGAAAUUGCAGGAGAGCAGCAAAGCCGACGAGCUAGGGAACAUUCCGCUGAGGAACAAAGACUUCGACGCCAGCAUCGCGAGGCUAUGGUUCUGAAUGAUGGAACACGGCCACUGGGGCGAGAAGACAUAAUCGAACGCGAUGCAUCUCCGUCAUGAUGGAGGGUUAUAUAUGUAUAGAAAUGACCGUCGAAAACGGUUGAAAACUCGUCUCAGAGAUUCUGAGCGAAGCAACGCAGCGAUAAUGGAAUAAAGAAAAGGCUGGAUGCAAAAUAUAUUCAAAUGGUCUGUUCUCAUUCCACUUGAUCAUGCAUCGGUCGAUAUGACUCGAACGCAACAGGGAAGAGACGCUCAUGGUAUGGUAUCUAUUACUCGAAAGUGACAUCACAGACAGACGUACACAGCUGUAAUACCAAGCUUAUUAAUUUUCACUACAAAAAUGCCAAGGAAAUAAAGGCUGUCUU